UCCGUGAUGCACGAAGCUCGCCUGCUGCAUGCCCCCAAGGACAGCAAGGUCACGCAUGUCCCUCUGGGGGGAGAACGAGACUGCGUGGUUGUGCCGGUUCUGCAAUGGCGUGAAGUUGCUGAUGAUUAAGGAUACGGAGGCAUACGGACAGGCAGGUGUGAAGGGAAACUUCUGAAAGUUCGUGGAGGCGCGCAUGAAGGAGAAGGGUUUCAAUCGCGAUCGCGCGCAGUGCAAGAACAAAUUCAACCAAGUCAUAGAGUACUACUGGAGACUGAAGUGUCAUGAGCAAUGGUCUGGACUUCCGAGCUACUGGGACAUGAACACGACGAAACAUAAAAAGUACAAUGUCGAUCUCGUACUCCAUCGAAGUUGGUAUGACAUCAUCGACUCCGUUGAAAAGGACACAGACUCUAUCAACCUCUCGUAUUUGAGGGACAGCGGCGACGACCCGGUACGACAGAUGAACACAGACGACAUGGCGGACGCAGAUGGAGAGACGGAGGGGGUGAGCGAUGAGCCAGGCGGCGAAAGUGGCGGUGCGUCCGGAGGUUCACGGUCGAUCGCUUUUCACCCCACGCUCGGCAAGCGGAAAAGAGCAGCCACCAAUGCGCGUGAGGCGAGCGUGCAAGCCGUGACAGGUGCAAUGCGCGACCACACAACUGCACUCACACGAUUUAUCGAGAGUGUGCCAAGAUGCGAUGCGACACCACGCGUGAUGUGGCAAAGCAACAGGCUGAACUCGCUACACAACUCAUGCAGCAGGACGUAGCUGCACGUGAGAGGGUUGCCACUACUGUUGGGGACAGGGUGGAGAGUGGAUACAACCGCCUGGCAGAUGCCAUUCUGAUG